AUGGCAUUUCACUCCCUUCGAGCGUAUCCCUACCCCACACCCAUGUACCCCAUCCUCCACCACUCGCUCCAGCCACAGGUCUCCUCCUCAAUUAUGGGUUACACGGGGUUGCUUCAGCCCUAUCACCCUCUCAUACACCCUCCUCCGUUGACUCCAGACAAUCCCUUCAUUCCUGGUCUGAAAGGAAAGACCACCUCUAUCAGCACAGCUUUAACAGGGUCCAUGUCAGAUGAUCAAGAGAGGAAGCCAAAGGUUCAAGAGGAGAGGGAGAUAUGCUGCAGACACUGCGGUAAACCAGCUCUGGAAAACCCCUGGAGGCCAACGCCUGGGUCAUCAACCUCAGGUUCGGGGGAGAUGGCGCUCAGGUGUAAGUUCUGCGGCCGAGGUGGACGGGACAGGCGAUCUGUGCGCUCACUCAGGAGGGGUGUCGGAGGGGAGAAGCCUUACCAGUGCAAACAGUGUAGCAAGAGGUUCAGCCUUAAACACCAGCUGGACACACAUCACCGGGUCCACACAGGUGAAAAACCAUUCGAGUGUCGGCUGUGUGGCCAGCGUUCACGUGACUAUUCGGCCAUGAUCAAGCACCUGCGUACCCACGGUGGUGCCACUCCCUACCAGUGCACCCUGUGUCUGGAGUUCUGUAGCAGCCUGGCAGCCAUGCAGAAACACCUGAAGAACCACCCCACGCAGGACUUCCCUCCAGACUGGAGCCUGAGCAGCACAUACCUGUACAACUGCCACACCUGAGGCCUGGGGGAUAAAACAUGUAGAUAUGGAAGG